CUCCAGCUCUACGCCAAUCGGGGCGCAAAGGCCGGGGUCUAAGCCCAGGGGAGCAGCCGGGUCCUGGAGCUGAGAGCCGGGCGCAGAGCGGGGUGGGGGCGCGCUGAAGGCGCGCGCGCGGACGGGCCCUGCCUCGGCCGGCUCUUCUCCUCCUCCCACCCCCAGCACCCGCGCGCCUUGCCUCACCCCACCCCACUCCCCGGACCCUCCGCGGGGCCUGCCGAGCUCCGAGGCCGUGUGACAGCCCGCCGAGCGGUUCCGGGUGUAGGGUUCACAGGUCAGAGUUGACUCCCUGAAAAGUGCAGCAGCUUUGAAAUGCAAGAUGGCGGCGGCGGGGCGCUGAGAGGCGCGGCGGCCCUUGCAGGAGAUGGCAGAUAGGUACUUCGGACCUGUUGGUAAUGAUGGCCUGAGCUAAAAACAUCUCCUAAUUUGAAGGGACGCCCUUCCGUGGCAAAGAACAGAAUGCCGAGGAAGCCGUGGCAGGUGAUUGGAGUUGUGCUUCAAAAAUUUCAGCAGUUCAACAGUAUUUUAUCUGCCAACAAUAAGCUCUUUACUUGAUUGCACCAUGAAAAAGCUGCUAAUGAGACUUCUUGAGCACAGAAGCAGACUUGAAGAACCAAAAGCCAUUGUUUUCAAAUGAAGAAUACUGAACGAUUUUAAGCCUCAGUGCUUUUUAAUCACCACUGAGGUUUUCCCCGUAACAACAGAAUGGCAAGCAGGCGAAAAUCAACAACACCUUGCAUGGUCCUUGCCAGUGAACAGGAUCCGGACCCCGAGCUGAUAUCAGAUUUGGAUGAGGGACCUCCUGUACUCAUACCUCUGGAAAACGCCAGAGUGGAGAGUGACUUCUUCAUCUCAAGUGACGAAGAACUUUAUGAAUCUAUGUAUUCUGACAAUCAGCAAAAUAAAAAAGUUGAAGGUGGCUAUGAAUGUAAAUAUUGUACUUUCCAAACUCCAGACCUAAAUAUGUUUACUUUUCAUGUGGAUUCAGAACAUCCCACCGUAGUGCUCAAUUCUUCCUAUGUUUGUGUCGAAUGCAAUUUUCUUACCAAAAGGUAUGACGCACUUUCCGAGCAUAAUCUGAAGUACCAUCCAGGAGAAGAGAAUUUUAAGUUGACUAUGGUGAAACGCAAAAACCAGACAAUCUUUGAACAAACCAUAAAUGACCUGACCUUCGAUGGUAGUUUUGUUAAAGAGGAGAACUCAGAGCCAGCUGAAUCUACAGAGGUUUCUUCUUCAGGAAUAUCCAUCAGUAAAACUCCUAUCAUGAAAAUGAUGAAGAGUAAAGUGGAGAACAAACGGAUCACAGUCCAUCAUAACUCCGCUGAGGAUGUUCCCGAAGAGAAAGAGAAGGAGAUCAAACCAGAACGUGAAGAAACUGUGGAGACUCCAAGUUCUUCGGCUCCUGAAUCGCAUACCAGUACUUCCAUUGUCCACAGAAUACACCCGAAUGCUGCCAGCACGGUAGUGACCCCAGCGGCAGUUCUUCCCGGGUUAGCGCAGGUAAUAACCGCUGUGUCAGCCCAGCAGAAUUCCAGUCUGAUCCCCAAAGUCUUAAUCCCUGUUAAUAGCAUUCCUACCUACAAUGCUGCAUUGGAUAACAACCCCCUUUUGCUGAACACCUACAACAAAUUCCCUUAUCCAACGAUGUCAGAAAUUACUGUUCUUUCCGCUCAAGCAAAAUACACAGAGGAGCAGAUCAAGAUCUGGUUCUCGGCCCAACGCCUAAAACAUGGUGUGAGCUGGACUCCCGAGGAAGUAGAGGAGGCAAGAAGAAAGCAGUUCAAUGGAACAGUACACACUGUACCUCAGACCAUAACUGUUAUUCCAGCACAUAUUUCCACAGGGAGUAAUGGCUUACCAUCCAUUUUACAGACAUGCCAAAUAGUUGGUCAGCCCGGCCUGGUCCUCACACAAGUAGCUGGAACAAACACCUUGAAUACCUUGCCGGUAACAGCACCGAUAGCCUUGACUGUGGCAGGGGUGCCAAAUCAAACCAGCGUACAGAGAAGUCAGGCCCCUGCCGCUCAGCCUCCUGCAGAAGCAAAGCCAGCCACCCCAGCUCCAGCCCCAGCCCCUCAGCUUGUCAAACACGAAACCGCACUGGCAAACCCCGAUUCAUUUGGCAUUCGAGCAAAAAAGACUAAGGAGCAACUCGCAGAAUUAAAAGUCAGCUACCUUAAAAAUCAGUUUCCCCAUGACUCAGAAAUUAUCAGACUUAUGAAAAUCACAGGCCUGACGAAAGGGGAGAUUAAAAAAUGGUUCAGUGACACGAGGUACAACCAGAGAAAUUCAAAGAGUAAUCAGUGCUUACAUCUCAACGAUUCCUCCACCACCAUUAUUAUCGACUCCAGUGAUGAGACCACGGAAUCCCCAACGGCUGUUCCUUCGCAGCAGAAACAGUCCUGGAAUCCUUUCCCGGACUUUACGCCCCAGAAGUUUAAGGAGAAGACAGCAGAGCAGCUUCAGGCCCUUCAGGCAAGUUUCCUCAACAGCUCCGUACUGACGGAUGAAGAAUUAAAUAGGUUACGAGCGCAAACCAAACUGACCAGGAGGGAAAUUGAUGCUUGGUUUACAGAGCAGAAGAAAUCAAAAGCUAUAAAGGAAGAGAAAAUGGAAGUAGAUGAAGCUAAUGCAGGUAGUUCCAAAGAAGAGGUGGGAGAAACGCCUCCCGCAGACGAAUCCGCUGCGUCUAAGUCCGGGAGUACAGGCAAGAUAUGUAAAAAGUCACCUGAGCAGUUGCACAUGCUCAAAAGCGCAUUUGUCCGAACACAGUGGCCAUCACCAGAAGAGUAUGACAAGUUGGCCGAAGAAAGCGGGCUUGCCAGAACAGACAUAGUUAGCUGGUUUGGGGACACUCGGUAUGCUUGGAAAAAUGGAAACUUAAAAUGGUACUACUACUACCAAAGCUCCAAUUCGAGUGGUAUGAAUGGCCUGUCCCUUCGGAGAAGGGGGAGAGGGAGACCCAAAGGAAGGGGAAGAGGAAGGCCACGCGGGCGGCCUCGAGGAGGCAAGAGAAUGAACAAUUGGGACAGGGGGCCAUCACUCAUAAAGUUUAAAACUGGAACUGCAAUCCUUAAGGAUUAUUACCUGAAGCACAAAUUUCUUAAUGAGCAAGACCUUGACGAACUUGUUAACAAGUCACAUAUGGGCUACGAGCAGGUCAGAGAGUGGUUUGCUGAAAGACAGAGAAGAUCUGAGUUAGGGAUGGAAUUAUUUGAGGAAAAUGAGGAGGAAGACGAAGUCAUUGAUGAUCAGGAAGAGGAUGACGAAGAAACGGAUGAUAGUGACACCUGGGAACCCCCGCAACAUGUGAAGCGGAAGCUUUCUAAAUCAGAUGACUGAAAUCUGCCUAAAACAUUGGAGGAGAAUCAGCUCUUCAACUCAAGAUAUCUGAUUUACUGUGAAUGGGCCCAAUAUUUAAUGACACUGAAAACCUUUGGGGACAUACAUAUUCUCAAAAAAAUAGGAUCCAAUACCCACAAGAAAUGGAACUUAAUGUUGUGCCAAAGUUAAACUACUGCAGCUGGUGAAAGUUCUGCAAUGUAAAUAGAACACUAAUUUAAAAACAAAUUGUAAAGAUUCAAGUUUUAAUACAGUGCAUUUUUAUUCUGACAUGAUGGAGACAUUCUGAAGCUUAGACUUUCGAAGGGGGUUUAAUGACCACUAGAGCUUGUCCUCAUACUUUGUCCAGCGUAACACUGUGUGUCUAGUACGAUGGGCCUUACUGUCUGUAUUCUUUGAUAUGUGAUUAAACUAAUAGCUUUGAGUGACCAAACAUUUUCCAGAGUAAAGAUUGUUAGAAACGGGAAAAAGAAAGACCUGAUUUAUUUCUGUGUCUUAUUUAUGAGGCCCUGCAUGAAAAUUAAAAGUUAUGCAUGGGCUUAUACAUUCUCAGUGUAAGUGAAAAUACAGCCUGUUGACACAUGUUGGAACAAUAAGGUUUUAUGGUAUUAUUGGCUGUUAAUUAUGGGAUCUUUCAUAGACACCACUGUUAACUACUUGUAAUGCUUCUGUUACUUUUUUUUAAUUCAAAGCUGAAUUUGCUUUUUAUUAAACUGAAGAUAAUCAACACUGAAGAAGGAAAAGAAGCUCGCCAGCAUUAAGAAUUACGAUAGGGUGCAACUCUGAAAUGAAUACUGUACCAAUCAUGGAAAUCAGAAAUGUUCGUACCAGUGUCAGAUCAGAAUUUUCAAGAAUUACCUUUCAGUGAAAUUCUACUUUGUGUAACAGUUUCAGUGAAUAGAGAAAAAAUUCUGAACUGAUCACAGAGUUAAAAAGUUAGCAUUUCACUUAUGAAUCAUGGAAGUGUGUUAACUCUUGCAGUGUCAGAAGACUGCAAGUAUCUACUAACUUACAAACUUUGUAAAGACAGGUGCUGUUCAUUGAUAUUGAGAAGGACCCUUUCUUUUGUGACUAUAGGACCAUUUUUCAAGAUGUGCUUUCUUCGUAGAAGAAAAUGUUCAGUUCAUUUAGCUUUGGAUUUAAAAAAAGUUUCUUUUCUCAAUGACCAGAUGUAGUGGGCUUGGUCAGUUUAAUCUGAUUUAAUGAAUAAUAAAUAUUAAAUUCUUGUUUUUACGUAAAUGUUUGUUGGCUCAUGAAAAUAUUAUGAAGAAGCCUUGAAUAUGCAUGUGGCUUUCAUUUUUAUAGACUUUUUAUUUUUUAACUCUAGCUUUAUUAGUAAUUCCAAAAUGCUGAAGUUUAGCUGAUCUCCUCACUCAGACAGCUGGCUUUGUGGGCGGCUUUUUCAUACUACUGUUGAUUUUUUAAAAGAGAAGCAAUGUAAAGACUGUAACAAUUUAAUGCACUAAAACUGUUCUUUCUUUCUUCUACACGUUUGAAAACUUCUUACAGCACUCUGUAAUAUAACAAUUAAAUUGCUCCCUUUUCUAAACCAUUGCUAAUGUGAUCUGAGUUUUGCUUGGCAAUAAUUUUCACAUUUUCAAAAUUUGAAAUGUCAAGUAUUGGACAAGUAUGAAGCCUUUGGAUAUAUUUAUAUUGUUUCCUUUACAAAUCUGUCAGUUAACUUUGUAUAGCUGUAAAGAACUAUUAGUAAUUGUUCCUUCUCUUUCAUAGACUUGGCACUUAAUUCUGCUCUGAUGUUUGCUAGCUUUCGAAUCUAUUUGACAGAGCAAAGAACCCUCUCUUGGUUGUGUCCUUGAAUACAAAAUAAAAGUAAGCUGUGA